GGUCCUACAGUAACCCCAGUGCUCUCUCUGAGGUCCCACAGUAACCCCAGUGCUCUCUCUCAGAGGUCUUACAGUAAACCCAGUGCUGUCUACACCUGCGCUCUGUGUGAGGUACUACUGGACUCUGUCUCUGAAGCUCACAGACACGUCAAAGACAAGUGGCACAAGAGGAGAGCCAAGGUGAGAACACCUACUACUAUUCACUUCUGCCUUCUAUCAUCCAAAACAAUGAUAAGACACAAUACAUACAUUUUGUAUUAUAUUAUAUGACCUGUGUGUGUAACGUGAAUCUCUGUACUGAGUGUCUGUGUGUGUGCUCUGUGUCUGCCCUGUGUAGGAGCAUCGUGAGGAGGCGAUGCUGACGGAGAUUGUGCCCCCCAGGGCAGAGCAGGUGGCAGCGGUGGGCGUGGCCCUGGAGGGCGUGGUCAGAGAGAGAGGGAUGAGUGACCAGGAUGUAGAGAACAGACAACAGAUCGUCUCCAACAUGCAAGAAGUCCUAACAGCCGUCCUGCCUGGUAAGAGAAUAGACAGUAGACUAGAGGUGUAGACUAGACCAGUGGUUCCGCACCUAUGGGAUCUUUACUUUUGAAUGGUUUGGUCUAGAGACGAGCGGUUCUCUGCAGUGUAAAGAUCAAGCUCCCUUUGUUUGUAUAACAGAGGUACAGCUAAGCCAGACAGACAGUCAGCUAAUCAAGGCAGGUGAAGUCAUAUGAUACACAUGACUGCUCGUGGGAAUUUGUGAGUACAUCCAACCGGCCUCACAACCGCAGACCACGUGUAACCACGCCAGCCCAGGACCUCCACAUCCGGCUUCUUCACCUGCGGGAUCGUCUGAGACCAGCCACCCGGACCUCUGAUGAAACUGUGUGUUUGUACAACCGAAGCAUUUCUGCACAAACUGUCAGAAACCGUCUCAGGGAAGCUCAUCUGCGUGCUCGUCGUCCUCACCAGGGUCUUGACCUGACUGCAGUUCGGCGUCGUAACCGACUUCAGUGGGCAAAUGCUCACCUUCGAUGGCCACUGGCUCGCUGGAGAAAUGUGCCCUUCAUGGAUGAAUCCUGGUUUCAACUGUACCGGGCAGAUGGCGUUGUGUGGGCGAGCGGUUUGCUGAUGUCAACGUUGUGAACAGAGUGGCCCAUGGUGGCGUGUGAGGAGGAGGAGGAUUAUUAUUUAAGAUACUCUUUGAAGAGGUAGGGUUUCAGAUGUUUUUGGAAGAUGGACUCUGCUGUCCUAGCUUCAGAGGGAAACUGCUUCCACCAUUGGGGUGCCGGGACAGAGAAGAGCUUGGACUGGGCUGAGUGGGAGCUGCCCUCCCAUUGGGGUGCCAGGACAGAGAAGAGCUUGGACUGGGCUGAGUGGGAGCUGCCCUCCCAUUGGGGUGCCAGGACAGAGAAGAGCUUGGACUGGGCUGAGUGGGAGCUGCCCUCCCAUUGGGGUGCCAGGACAGAGAAGAGCUUGGACUGGGCUGAGUGGGAGCUGCCCUCCCAUUGGGGUGCCAGGACAGGGAAGAGCUUGGACUGGGCUGAGUGGGAGCUGCCCUCCCAUUGGGGUGCCAGGACAGAGAAGAACUUGGACUGGGCUGAGGGGAGCUGCCCUCCCAUUGGGGUGCCAGGACAGAGAAGAGCUUGGACUGGGCUGAGUGGAGCUGCCCUCCCAUUGGGGUGCCAGGACAGAGAAGAGCUUGGACUGGGCUGAGUGGGAGCUGCCCUCCCAUUGGGGUGCCAGGACAGAGAAGAGCUUGGACUGGGCUGAGUGGGAGCUGCCCUCCCAUUGGGGUGCCAGGACAGGGAAGAGCUUGGACUGGGCUGAGUGGGAGCUGCCCUCCCAUUGGGGUGCCAGGACAGAGAAGAGCUUGGACUGGGCUGAGUGGGAGCUGACCUCCCAUUGGGGUGCCGGGACAGAGAAGAGCUUGGACUGGGCUGAGUGUGGAGCUGACCUCCCAUUGGGGUGCCAGGACAGAGAAGAGCUUGGACUGGGCUGAGGGGGAGCUGCCCUCCCAUUGGGGUGCCAGGACAGAGAAGAGCUUGGACUGGGCUGAGUGGGAGCUGCCCUCCCAUUGGGGUGCCAGGACAGAGAAGAGCUUGGACUGGGCUGAGUGGGAGCUGCCCUUCCGUAGGGGUUGGAGGGCCAAGAGACCUGAGGUGGCAGAAUGGACUGCUCGGGUUAGGGUGUAGGGUUUGAGCAUAGCCUGAAGGGUAGGGAGGGGCAGUUCCUCUUGCUGUUCCGUAGUUAUGCACCUUUUAACCAAUCACUUAGCUUUUCUCCAACACAGAAUUUUGGGUUAUUUGGACUUAUGGUCCAAGAUAAGGUUUUCCAAAAAGUCCAAGAUGGAGGAAAAUCUAUCCUAAUGGGUUUGUUUAGCAUGAGGAAAGACACCUACAUACACUGAGUGUACACUGACUUUAUGUUUUGUUUUACCCCAUAUGUAACUCUGUUGUUUUUAUUGCACUGCUUUGCUUUAUCUUGGCCAGGUCGCAGUUGUAAAUGAGAACUUGCUCUCAACUGGCUUACCUGGUUAAAUAAAGGUAAAAUAAAAAUAAAAAGUACAAAACAUUAGGAACACCUUCCUAAUAUUGAGAUGCACUCCCUUUAGCCCUCAGAACAGCCUCGAUUCGUCGGGGCAUGGACUCUACAAGGUGUUGAAAGCGCUUCACAGGGACGCUGGCCCAUUACAUCCCACAGUUGCGUCAAGUUGGCUGGAUGUCCUUUGGGUGGUGGACCAUUCUUGAUACACACGGGAAGCUGUUGAGUGUGAAAAACCCAGCAGUGUUGCAGUUCUUGACACAAACAGGUGCUCCUGCACCUACUACCAUACCCUGUUCAAAGGCACUUAAAUAUUUGGUCUUGCCCAUUCACCCUCUGAAUGGCAAACAUACACAAUCUAUGUCUCAAUCGUCUCAAGGCUUAAAAAUCCUUCUUUAACCUGUCUCCUCCCCUUCAUCUACACUGAUUGUAGUGGAUUUAACAAGUGAUAUCAAUAAGGGAUCAUAGCUUUCACCUGGUCAGUCUGUCAUGGAAAGAGCAGGUGUUCCUAAUAUUCUGUCCACUCGGUGUACAAAGUUUUAAAGUGUAGGUCAAACAGGGCGACCGAAAUGAGGGUUAAAGUGAGACUGCUUACAACAGCACCCCCUAUAGGCCAACUGGUGCCAUUCUAUUAAAUGUUUUAAAUUUCUAGUCAUUUAGCAGACGCUCUUAUCCAGAGCGACUUACAUGAGCAAUUAGGGUUAAGUGCCUUGCUCAAGGGCACAUCGACAGAUUUUUCACCUAGUCGGCUCGGGGAUUAGAACCAGCGACCUUUCGGUUACUGGCGCGACGCUCUUAACCACUAAGCUACCUGCCGCCCUAUACACUCAUGGUCUUUAGUUUAGAAGAUAUAAUAAUCAUUUGGUGGGUGCUUAUAUUUGUCCUAUUUCACAAGUGUACAAGUGUGUAUUAAUACGCAUGUGUGAAUUGGAAAUGUUUGUUUUUGUAGGGAGAAUGACGGGGUCAUGGUCCUGACAUGGUCCUGUAGAAGUUUCCGGAACAUGUAGUUUAGAUGUUUUCUUCCAGGAAGGGCUAGGGAUGUAUACAGUUGUGAGAGAUGAGAAUGUCAGUAUGGAUGACUGGGUUUCAGGUGAGUUUUUUUGUUUGUGUUCUCUAUUGGGCUUUUUUCUCUCUCCCAGAGGUGACACUCCGGCUCUAUGGGUCGUCCUGUACCAAGUUUGGUUUCAAGGAUUCUGACGUCAAUAUUGACAUCCAGUUCCCACCU